AUGGCAAGUUUAGAAGAAGGGAUAAUGGUGACUCCAGUUCAUAUUGCUGCCAAGUACAACAGAUGUGAGUGUUUAACAAUUCUCUUGGAACAUGGCGCUGAUGCUAACAUUGCUAAUUCUUUUGGACAAACACCAUUGCACACUGCUGCCAGAAGAAAACUUAAUAAGAUGGUCGAAGUAAGUUUGAAUACUAAAUUGUAAAACUCGUGAAGAAAAUUUAAAAAUAAAUCAAUGCUUUCCUCUUUUCCCGAAAAUUAUCCUGAUUUGCAUAAACUUUUUCUCCAUUUUCUUUUCAAAUAAUUUCUUAAAACACAACUGUUCACAACUUAUUAUGGCAUUCUCGUUCGUGUUGUAUUAGACAUACAACCUUUCGCCUUUAAUUUGGCUCGAGUUUGUAUAUCUGAUACAAACACGGCCGCUCAUGCAUACAUGAGUUGCAUGCUUAUUGCUUAUAUAUUACUUAACAGAACUCGAUAACUGAAAGUUCACCUUAGUCCUUAGGAGUGCAAAACAGUGAUUACUGAUAACAUGAAACACAAAUGCUCUCAUAACAUAUUCCUAUAUGCGCAACUAUAUAUAGUACCUAUAGUCUACUGUCUCUGGCUAUAUUGAUAUUAUAGAUUCUUAUAAAGAAAGGUUUAGCAAAUGUGAACAGUGCAGAUCAUGACAUGGUAACUGCAUUACAUCUGGCUGCCACACCUGGGAAUGACAACGAAAGAACAACUGUCGUUAAAACUUUGGUAAGAAGGAAAUGCAAAACCAAAUUCAAUUAACUUGUUUUAAACCAGCUGGAAUAACUCUAUUCAGUUCUAUUCUGUUUUCCCUAUAGGCGUAGAGAAACGUACAUGCCAUAUCAUACCUAGUUAUAAAUAACUUCAUUGUAUAAAUAACUUCAUCAAUUCUAAGCCACAGUUUUUCCUAUACCUCAUAUUGGUCUAGUUUUACAAAUGUUAUAAGCCACUCUAUAUAUCAGUUCAGGAGGACACUAAAGUAUAUGGAAAUCCCUGGGCGGUGUUUUCUACAAUGCACUUGACUGAGAAGAAAUAGUAUAAUUAUACAGUUGCAUAAUGGACAUAGGACGUGGAUGUGAAAGCACAAUGUGCUAAACAAGUGCUUGAAUUUAUUAUUUUUCAUGUAGCUUGAGAAUGAUGCGAAUCCAUUUUGUGAAGACAACGAAGGGAACAGCGUCUUUCACGAGGCAGCAGAAAAUGGCGUUGGUGAUGUCCUGGAAAUACUUUCUGACUAUAGGGGUAUAUAAAUUGUUCAGUUAACUUGGUUUAAGUUUGGUGUUACAGUCGACAUCUUACGGACAUCUCUAUAAUAUACUUAUCUAAUAAGAACAAUUCUUGGUAGAGACACCGCUCUAUAUAUACGAACAUAUUUCUAGUAUGGACACCUCUCUAACAUGGAUAUCUCUUCAAUAGGAACUUCUCUAAUUCUCUCUAAUACGAACACUUCUUUAAUAAUGGACACUUCUUUAAUACGAAAAUCUCUCCAGCAUAACAUGCACAUCUCUAAUAUGAGCGUCCCUUUGAAACUGACACCUUUUCGAUACGAACAUUUCCCUUUUACGAGCAGUUUCCAUUGUUCCGACAUAACAAAUUUAUUUUUAAAAAGCCUUUAUAAUACGAACAUUUUUCUAGCUUUCAGUUCCAUAUAUAUGAGAGAGCAGUGGCUGUAUGGUUUCAGCUAAUAAUUUUACGCGACUCAAUUCUAUUCUAAUUCUUUAAUUCUUUUUGACAGGAUACCAUAAAGGUUCAUAUACGAGUGUAAUAGACGUUUUAAAUAAACCACGAAACGAUGGCAGCAAUUGUCUUCACCUUGCCGUGAAAAAUGGCCAUGAAAAGGUAAAAAUAUGUAAGGGAAUCUGGACAGUUCUUUGCUUUGCAACUGUAGUACGUAAUGAAAUAAGAUGGUAAUGAUUUUAAUCAUUUGUACUUGAUUUAUUUAUCAUUCAGAUCAUUUAUGUGACUCCAACAUGAAAUCAUCGUCGCUAUAUCGGAAUCUUUUUAGUUAAAUCCUUUCUUCUAAAAACAAUUGAAGAAUUGCUAAAACCGAAAAUAAAUACUUGAACCUCUUUCCAUGUUUAUCAUGUUGCACCCUCCACGCUUUGUCAUCCCCACGCCUUCUCAUCCCAGUCCCUUCCCCCCUGUUUGAGUUUCAGAUAAGGUGCCAGUAUUAUUGAGGCCGAGAAUGAGAGAGAUUUGAGAAGUGAGUUUGCAUGCAUGAGAGUUUGAGUACACGAGAACAAGAGUCGCAUGAGUACUAGUGUUGGUCAAAGCGAGCGAGAGUUGCAACUCUCAUCCUCAUUUUUUUUGUUAACAACUUUAUUGGUUUAAUUACGCGAACGGGACAAAAGUACCCAUGCUAGGCGCCUUCCCGUUACAACAAGCUAAAUACUAACAUUUUUAUACAACAAAUCUAAAGAUUAUAAUAAAUAUAACUAUCAAGUCAAUGUCAGAGAUUGCCUAGGAUAAUGUCCAUGUGCUGGGUGUGUCGAUUUCGAAAUGGGUAUUAAAUAGGAUUAGGUAUCUUGGAUUGAUUAGGUAUCUUGGAUUGAUUAGGUGUUUGAAGGAGUGGAUAAAUGAGAAACUCUAAACGGGAGCUGUUUUACAAAUUAUGUUCGAAAUUUUUAAAGUUCGGUUGUAAAAGGAGGCAUGAUAAGUAGAGGUGUUGCAUUGUGAGGUUUUGAGAACUAACGGAAUCUGACUAUGCGUGGUGCGACCAUGCCAAUAAAUGAGACAUGCUCAUUGUUCACUUCGAUGUACCCGCGUAUAAUGCCUUGUAGAAAAAUAUAAGGUCUUUGAUCUCUCUGUCGUAACAUAUAUUGCCUUUAAUAAAGGCAAUAAGUUCAGCAUGUUUAGUCUUUGAUGGUAUGUCAUCUCUUUAUUUUGGUAUCCUAUGAUCCACUUGGUAACUUUCGUGUACUGAUGUCCAAGCCACUUUAGUCUAUUUUUCAAUUGCAAUCUUUUAAUUUGUUAAUUUCCCUUUAUCUAUACAGGUGGUUCAAAUGUUCAUUGAUCACAAAGCUGAUGUAAAUCGAAAGUCGGUGAGUUUCAUAGUUUUACGGAAACCACUUGUCAUUCAUAAUUCACAGACAAAAUCCAUGUAAAGGAAAUCAGCAACUUUUCGUUAUCCUGACACAGUAGCAUAAUCUGUCAAGAUAUGAUAGUCUGGAAGCCAGCCAAACAUCAAAGCCACAAAAUAGAAAACCUUUGUUUGAUGUUGAACUAUAUACCACACCGUGCACAAAUCCUUUGUCUCAAUUUCAUUAAAUAUUAGGCCCGUUUUAUACGUCGAAUUUUGGUCGCGUCGAAUGCAAUUAAGACAAUAGAUAAUGAGAUGAUAAACCUCAUUAAGCUUCAUUAUCUGUUGUUUGAAUUGCAUUCGACACGACCGAAAUUCGACGUAUAAAACAGGCCUUAUUUAGUGAUCGUGGUUGCACAUUUCACCUUAGCUAUCCCUAUUGGACGAUUACUUCAUUUUUAGCAAAAAUACAAUGAGCUCAAUCACCGUGACCGUACACCAAUUAACAUAAACUCAGACAAAAACUGAUAUCGAAUAUUAAUGACCUCUGUCUAGUUUCCAUACCAUUAUGUUUUGAUAUUCUAUGAUACUAGUCAUAAUACAGGGUGUAUAAAAAAAACGCAACCUCGGAAUUUCCUAAGAAAUCACUUUGCAAUUCUUAAGCAUAAAAGAUUUUAGGCCCCUGGGAAUUGAAAUCGAAUUGCUAAUAGAUCAUAUUACUGUUGUUGUGCAUUAAAUAAAUGCAUAAAUUUUGCUUUAUGCACUAGCGUGUGCAGUAAUUUUGACUGUUGUGCUAUUUUAAAUACCCAGGCGCCUGAAAUCAUUUGUCUUUAAAACAAUGUCGAUUUCUUGGGAAAUUCCGAGGUUGCGCUUUUUUUGAUACACCCUGUACAGGGUGUAUCAAAAAAGCUGAACCCUUUCAAAUUCAAAUUAGCUAUAACGUAUUGUAGUAAUUUGACAGUUCUAAUUGCCUUAAAUUACUGGUUGGGUAAGAACACAAGGAAUACUGUAUUUCUUUUAAAUUUUCUAAUUUUUAUUUCUUUGAGUUUUGUCCCAUGAGUACAAGACCUUAUCCAACCAUUACUUUAAAGCAAUUAGAGAUGUCAAAUUACUACAAUACGUUAUAGCUAAUUUGAAUUUGAAAGGGUUCAGUUUUUUUUUAUACACACUGCAUGUAGUAAUAAAAAUUCAUAAACUAAAUCAGCUUAAAUAUUUCUUUAAAUAAAUACUGAUUUGCGUGAGAAGCUAUCGCACACUCAAAGUAAAUUAUUGCUGUGCCUGUGACUGUUUUAAUAAAAAAAAACGCCUCAAAAAUCUCAAAGAAACUUUGGUAAUCAUAUCGAGAUCUGAGCGUUGGCAACUUGGCAACACUUUUCUGUGUCUUCUUUCCUGUGCCCAAAGUUCGUCACACUCACACUGUAGGCUUUGUUGCAAUUAUUGUCUUAAAAUAACCAGUGUUUAAUCUCAUGUUGUCUCUAUAGGGAAAUGGUGAUACACCACUACAUAUAGCAUGUGACAAAGGUCAUCUGAGCACGUGUAAAAUCUUACUGGAGAACGGAGCGAAUAUAGAAUCUCCUGAUUCUUCUAACAAGCUUCCUAUUCACAGGUAUGACAUACUUAAAUUUACAGACGAGCAAGUUUUUUAUAAUAACAGCUUUUUAUGCGACAAGUUUUGUUCGCUUGUCUGUACAUGCAACUUUGCCAGGUUUUUCUAUGGCAAGUAUAUACUUACCCAACACUUGCCCAACAUUAGUGCCCAACACAUGCCCAACUCUUGCGCAACACUUGCACAAAACUUGCCCAACACUUGCACAAAACUGCAAAAGCUAGCCCACUAACUUUUGAACAGUGCACUUGUCGUAGAAAAAAGACAAAGUACACAAAUUUUGCUUGCCCGGAUGGGUCAACAAAGGAAAUUUAGGCACUUGGAUGCGGUUGGACAGCGAUAUAUUGGAUAUAUUGUUGUAGCACUUAUUUUGGCAGCCAGAAAACCAACUUGACUUAUCAUAGUGACUAUGUCAUAGAGAAUUAAACAAGUUUUUGCUAUAUGUAAUCGACUGACUAUGUGGUCGAACUAAGUCAAAAAGGAAGUUUGAUGCCUUUCACACCUUCUUGUCUGGUGUUUGGAAAGGCGUCAGGGGAAGUUAAAUCGAAAUGAAGCGGAACGAGAGAAACUCGGAAGAGAACCCUCCAUUGUUUCUCCAAUAUCCGUUUCAGCUCGAUGUUCUCGAGAUGACUGCAUACAAUUACCGGCAUAUAGACAGCAAUUUUGAAACGAGCAUAAACAUUCUUCUCUGAACUCCUUCAGAGCAGUGUUCAUCAACUAUUGAAGCCAAAAUGCGAUGGUUUUUUAUGAUAGUCUUAAUAGUUUCUUGCUAUCCAAGUUGCCUUACCGCGACAUGUAAUGGAUGUCUCGAUGCAAGAAAGUUACUGGAGAUACAAAAACAACUGGAAUUUCUCACCAAUGAAGUCAAGACAUUGAUAAAGAGCAGCGAAG